ACAAUGUCCUGUCUAAAUGUAUCUUAUCUUGCAAAAAAACACACAGUAGCGUUUAUAACAAGACAUUGGGGUACGGCUGGUUUGUAGAAGGUUCAUUUCGAUUGUUCGAAAGGUCAUUGCGGGUCUCGUAACCUACGAAAACAACUAUUGAAACCGCACUUGGGUACUAAUUCGUUCCACAUUUGCUCGCUUCCGGGUUUUCCACCAAUCACAAGCCUCACUCGCACUCGCGUCUCGUUGCUUCAAGUCGCCGUAGAAUUUAGAUACUUAUGGAAAUGUAACUGUCUGCAGCGCACAAUCCAGUCUGUCAGAGUUUAUUUAUUCCAAUACAUUUUCGUAAUAUUUUGUGACUCAAUAUUUUGGAAUACGAAUACAUUUUUACUGAGGAGUAUUUGGGUCGUACACAUUUUACGGGCUUUGGGACCCGGCGGGUUAUCGUGUCGUUGGGAGCUGCCCCGCCUCGCCAUUGGCGGAGAGCUUGCCACGUGCAACAUUUUCUUGACCGAACCUGUCACCCUUUUGCUCACAACCGGCGGAUCACAGAGGUCUUCAUCCGAACCUUUUCGGAGGACAAACGUCAGCCCUCCCCUGCAACUCGGGAAUCCUCCGCCAUGGCACUGAGCCCCACGUUCGACAUCGACGCCCCGCGAUGGGACCAGACCACCUUCAUGGGGCGCCUCAAGCACUUCUUCAACAUCACCGAUUGGCGGACGGCGCUUCUGCCCGACUCGCGCCUGGACGAGGCCAAAGCUUUGGUGGAGAGCUGCAGGGCGGGUUCGGUCCCACCGGGCACCACUGAGGAGCAACUCCAUUACGCUAAGAAGCUGUACGACUCGGCCUUCCACCCCGACUCGGGUGACCGCAUGAACAUCAUCGGCCGCAUGUCCUUCCAGGUCCCCGGCGGCAUGGCCAUCACCGGCUGCAUGCUGCAGUUCUACAGGACUGUGCCCGCGGUGGUCUUCUGGCAGUGGGUUAAUCAGUCCUUCAACGCGCUAGUCAACUACACCAACCGCAACGCCGCCUCGCCCAUCACCCCCAAGCAGAUCGGCGUCGCCUACGCCACCGCUACCAGCACGGCUUUAGCCACGGCGGUGGGACUCAACCUCUACACGAAGAGAGCCCCUCCGCUGGUGGCGCGAUGGGUCCCUUUCGCGGCCGUGGCGGCGGCCAACUGUGUCAACAUCCCCAUGAUGAGGCAACAGGAAAUCUUGAACGGCAUCGCCGUCAGCGAUGAAAACGGCAACAAGCUGGGCCACUCGCAGAAAGCGGCGGUGAAAGGCAUCACGCAAGUCGUCAUCUCCAGGAUCACCAUGGCCGCGCCGGGAAUGAUCAUCCUCCCGAUCAUCAUGCAACGGCUAGAAAAAUACAAAUUCAUGCAGAGAAUCACAUACCUCCACGGGCCCAUUCAAGUGAUGAUGGUGGGCGUCUUUUUGACCUUCAUGGUGCCGGCAGCUUGCUCCCUGUUCCCCCAAAGAUGCUCCAUUGCAGUGUCAAAGCUGGAGCCCGAACUCCGCGACGCCAUCACGUCCAAGUACGGCGACGGCGUGCAGCGCGUCUACUUCAAUAAAGGCCUCUGAGAACUCCGCCCGCGGGACUCACUUGCACACUCACACUACUCCUUUCCUCAAUGGUUACUCACAUGGUUCAAGAGGUGCUUAUUUUCAGGAACUUACGCCGUGUAUGUGGGGAUGUCUCGACGAGUGCUUUUUUAAAUCUGCUGUGUUGAUUUCCGUUUCUCUGACAUUACAAACCAAAUAAUUUCUUCUCAGGAAUUUUCUUUUUCUGGCUUUGCGAGGUGGGAAUUGAACAAAAAAAUUCCUGGCUCUUCUUUUUUUGUCUUAACGUUUACCGGUACUUGCCUUGGACAAGGUCUCGACAGCAACAAGGCUCCCUGGGUGUUCCCAAAACACAAAUGGACUUCUGUACAGGGUUCAAGAUGGCCAAAGGACACCGCUGCUUUCAGAAAUAUCGGAGUGCUAUGCAAAAUGGAGGACAUAACUGACUCUGAUAUGCAUGAUUCAAUUGAAGCUGUUUCAAAGAAAUGAUACCACAAUCCUUAGUUUGCCGUGGAUUAAAGCACCUGCGAUAUUUGA